UGCUCCGUGCACUCGAUCACAACCCUUGACGGCUCGGACACUCACGACACGACUGAUUCUCCGACUUGCUCAUGAUCCGCUUGCGUGUGUUGGCCCGGAGGAGUGGUCGUCGACACGCUGAUGAUCUUCCUUCACGACGCUUGGUGCCGAUGCUUGCUGACCUCGGCAUUCCGCCUUGCCUAGAGAGGCGCCUUGCUGAAGGCGAAGGUCAUGUCAUCUGCCAUAUUGUCAGGGUACAUGAUGCUCUCUCCUGUAUAUGAGUGGUGACUGACGACUUGAUAGACGUUCUUCCAUCGUCACACUCACACUCGAGUGAGAUUUCCCCAUGUCCAGCUCGAUCCCCCAGCCUCUCCCUUUCUGCUAAACCUCGUCGUCUCAUCCAAGGGUUUUUCCCCGUCCUGAACCUCGUUGGACUCAAUCUCGAGCUUCGUUGCUCAGAGCUCUUGGCAGAAUGAGAUCCUCGCUGCUCAUUUGGCCGGCACUUGGCAUAGCGCUGGCCGCGGGCAGCGUAGCUGCUUUACCCGCCGACCGAGCAGCAACCUCCAGCAGUGGGCUUACGUCUCGCGUUCCCAGCUCAUCACGUUCCACGUCUGUCAAAAGCUCUUCCAACACGGCUUCGAAGUCGAUCUCUUCGAAAAGCGCCAGCAGCACGACCUUCGCGGCGCCCAGCACCAGCAACGUGACGAACAGUAACGGCACGAUUGUUGCCAAGGACGCGCCUCCACAAGCGUCUGCCUGCACGGCUUUCGCAGCCUACCUGCCAACUCUGCUUUCCAGCGGCAAGGCUACGCCCGGUGGUACCAAGCUCAAAGUGAAAAAUUCCCUAGCAGCGUACUAUCAAGGUGUCAAUCCCAGCACAAAGGAGCUGAUCGAUCUGAUUCCUAAUGGCGCUUUUGGACCCAAAGAUUCAAAAAAGGGCGCCAUCAGCGGUGCUGGAGAAUGGGACACCACGGAUGUCAUGAUGGAUGAAGGUUACGGAGAGGCGGAUCUGGUGGAGCAAGCCGGUCUGGGUCUGCUGCCGCCCUUUUGUCGUAUCGGCGGCAGCAUUGAGACAAGCGAUUCUAGUCAGACAUGGUUCGAAGUCUGGUUGCCUUUACCUCGUGAUGGUCUGCAAAACGGCACAUUCGGUGACAGCUCGAUUCCGCAAAACGCUUCUUCGCCUCUCGUGCGCGUCAAGCCUCUCAUUCUUGCCAAAGCAUGGAGACAAAAAGACCCGCUGGUUGCUUCUUCAUCAUCCACUCCCGUACCGACAGCAGCGGCAUUUAGAAGUGAGAAUCCAGCCCUCCAGCAUGUCCUCGCCCGAAGUGACUCACCGUCUUUCGAGGACGUCACUGCCUCUGAAACGGCGCUGCCAUCCCCAAGCGCUGCUCUAAGCCCCAGUGCCGUCGACUCCAUCACUUCCGGCGAGGGAAGCGCUGUUUCUGCUAACCCCUCAGCCACCGCUUCCGGUGUACAGCCCCUGCUCCCGGAAGUAGUACACACAACGUCCAAGAAGCCAGACGGCCUUCCUGCAUCUGGCGGCAACUGGCGAGGCCGAAUGCUGCUGAUCGGCACAGGCGGUCAAAAAGGAACCGUCAUCUACCCUGAGCUCAAACAAGUCCUGACGCGAUACAGAGAAGCAGCUGCAGGCACCAACGCUGGCCACUGGGGCUCAGGGUCCGACACCACAUGGACUAUCCAAUCUCCAGAGUCUCAAAACGACUUUGGCUACAGAGGCGUGCACGUAUCGACCUUGGCUAGCAAAGCGGUCGUGUCGCAAUUUUACGGUGCCAAAUCGUUCGGCACAGACCGGGCGAAUACUAAAGACGCCACUGGCCUCACUUUCCGUAGCUAUUUCAAGGGCUGCUCCACCGGCGGCCGACAGGCGAUGGUCAGUGCACAACGCUAUCCGCAAGACUUUGACGGAAUCAUGGCUGGCUCGCCGGCAAUCGACUAUAAUUAUCUCAACGCGUACCAGAUUCACGUCAACAGCUUCCAAAACGAUACCUCGUCGCCUAGGUACAUUCCUGAGAAGCUGUACGCGACCAUUCACGAAGCAGCGCUCGACCAGUGCGACGCCAUGGAUGGACAGAUGGAUGGCAUCAUUGGAGAUGUCUUCAACUGCGACCCACACGACUACGUCCCUAGGCUUGCAUGCGACGCCCAGGAGAGCGUCGCGGCAGAUUCGACCAUCAUUCCGACGAUCGCUUCCGAGUCUGAUGCAGUGAAGCUAAAUGCACGAAGCAGGCAGGCCAAUUUGGCCGGUCAUAAUGGCCUCGUACAGCUUGACAACAUCACUUCGAGCGAUACACCUUCGUGUCUGACACAACCUCAAAUCGACAACUUGUACGAUAUCUAUGAAACCUUCAAGAUCGGCGACACGCUUAUACAUGAACCCGUCCUCCCCGGCUCAGAGACGGGUUGGACAGUCCUGGAUGGCGUAGGAGGAAUUCCUUUUCCCGCUGCUCCCGGUUGGUUCAAGUAUCAAGUUCUCAAUAUCACAGAUAAGAACGCUGCUUUCAAUCCUUACACUCAAGUCACGCCGGAUGUCAUUUUUCAGGGCCAGCAAGCAGACGCGGGAGGCACCAUUGGUUUCAACGCAAAUUUGAGACCUUACUUUCAAAAUGGAGGCAAGCUGGUCCACUACCACGGCUUGGCAGAUCAAUUGAUCCCCAGCGGGAGCAGCUUCAGGUAUCACAAGCUGGUGACGAACAAUUAUUCGCGCUUUUCCAGCAGCUACAGAUUCUUUCCCAUUCCAGGCAUGAACCACUGUCGUUCGGGUGAUGGCGCCUUCAACUUUGGUUCGGCCGGUCAGACGGAUCAAGCUGGAUGGAGACCGUUGAGCUACGAUGCUAAUCACGAUUUGACCCUCGCGCUCUUCAAAUGGGUGGAGCAAGGCACAGCUCCCACGUCUAUCAUCGGUGCUGCGUACAAGAACAGCACGACCGAGACGAUCGGAAGCUACUCUUCGGAUGUUCUAGCACCGCGUCCGUUUCAGAACGGUGUCAAGCUUACGAGACGCUUCUGUCCGUGGCCCAAAACGGCGCAGUUGGUCGACAACAGUCAAAGAGGCGUCGCAGAAGGCUACAAGUGCCAGUGAUCACUGCGUCAAUUUUCCGCGCCUGACUCUCACGCUCGAACGCCUCAUGACACCAGCUAGCCAUGAUUAUACCCUUUCGCCUGCCGCGCUUACAGCUUCAAGUACCUCCGUCCAUGCCUCAAGGACGUUGAGCAGUGUAUGUGCAUAGUCCAACGCUCUUCGUCUCACCCCAAUCUUUCAUGUCCAGUGUCCAGCGCAUCACGUCUUUUUUUGCAAAUUUGCGAUGGGACCCUCAAAGGGUUUCUGCUAAAAGUACAAUUGAAAUGGGCAGGUGAUAGUGGAUAUGCGAUAUGUGAAGUUC